UAAACAGUACGGCCGCCAUUACUGCAUUCAGUAUUGUCAGUAACAAGAUCUAAUGAUGGACCCCCGUACCAGUGCCCAGGACGUGAUGCGAUGUGACCUGUGUGAGACCGCUGUGGUACAGAUGCACUGUGAUACAUGUCUUGUCAACCUGUGUAAGGCCUGUGUUGGAGAACAUAUCUCAACAGACGAAUCCAAGGAUCACAAAGUCGUUAAAUUUCAGUCCAGAAAAUCUACCCCCCUCUACCCAGGAUGUACAUCACAUACCAAACAACAAUGUACAAUGUACUGUAACCAAUGUGACAUUCCUGUUUGUACAAAGUGCAUUGCAUCUGGUCAACAUUUAGGUCAUGAGUUGUCAGAAAUCAUACAAAUUGCGGAAGAAAAAAAGGACAAAAUUAUCAAAGAAGUAAUUGAAUUACGUGAGACAAUUUACCCCACCUACCAGGACAUUGCCUCUGAUGUACAAAACAGAAUGAGUCAGUUAGAAAAGGAAUAUGGAGAUCUUUCAACAGCCAUAACAAAACAUGGAGAGGACUGGCACAGAGAAAUUGACAAAUUUGUCAAGAAACUUAAAGCUGAAGUUGAUGAGAUGAAAAACACACAGUUACAAACUCUACAGAAACAUCUGGAUGAAAUAAACAAGACAAUGUCUGACAUCAAGGAUGAAAUUGAUUCAACCGACAUUGCAACAGGCACUAAUGACUUGUCAAAACUAUUUAGUGUCCCACAUAGUCUAAUUAAUACAUACAGAAAUCUUCCACAAAAACUUGAACCAAUCUUACCAAAAUUCAUUCCAGGAAAAAUCCAAGAAUUAAGUAAAUUGUUUGGCGUCUUAUCAUCAAGUUCUUUAAUAUCAGAUAAACAUGGCUACAGGAUGAAGACAACCCAGAAAUCACCAGAAGCUGGAUCCUCUCCUCCAGUCAAACAGCUGCUUGAUGAACCAGAGACUGUCACCACCAUAGCCAUUGGGUAUGGACAACCUCUCAAUGUAGCCUGUCUGAGUGAUGAAGAAAUCUUGACAAGUGGACAUAACAACACCAUGAAACUCUUCAGCAUCAAUCAGGGAUCACUACUCAAGUCAAUCACAAUCGAGUUGGGGAAGCACCCAUCUGACAUAACAGUGACAAAAAGUGGAGAUCUAGUUUAUACUGAUCCUUAUGAUAGAACUGUGAACAUUGUGAAGAAUGAGAAGAUAGAGGAGGUGAUCAGACUACAGAACUGGAUACCUCACGGUGUCUGUAGUACCUCCUCUGGUGACCUCCUGGUUAUCAUGGUCAGUAAUGAUAACAAACAAACAAAAAUUGUCCGUUACUCUGGCUCCACAGAGAAACAAACCAUUCAGUUCAAUGAUCAAGGUAGACCUCUCUAUUCAUCAAAAAUUCCGGUAUUUUUUAUGUUAAUAUUCGAUAAACAUUGUUACAUAACUGAGAACAGGAACCUGGAUAUCUGUGUGUCUGACUGGAGAGCUAAUGCAGUAGUGGUGGUCUGUCAGGCCGGGAAACUGAGAUUCAGGUACACUGGACAUACUCCUACUCCAAAGAACCAACCAUUCUAUCCACGAGGAAUCACCACAGACAGUCAGAGUCACAUCCUUACAGCUGAUGAUAACAAUGAGGUUGUCCACAUCAUAGACCAGGAUGGACAGUUCCUCCGUUACAUUGACUGUGGACUGAGUGAACCCUGGGGACUGUGUACAGAUACAAAUGACAAUCUGUUGGUUGUUGAAAAUGGAAACAGAAAAAUGAAGAAAAUCAAAUAUCUGAAGUGAAAUACAUCGCUGUGUAGCAUAUAUUUAUUAAUUAUAAAUCAUCAAAUGCAUGCAGUAUCUCUGAUGUUUUAACAUACUGAAGAAUGGAGCCUAA